UGUAGAUAUAAGGUAGCCAGGGGAGGGCACUGAUUGCUAUCUUUACCACUCCUGUCUGUCUUUUCCUCUUCCCCGCCGCGCUCUCAUCACCCACCACCACAAAGCUGAAUCACACACAGAUCAACAGUCACCAUUUAUAGCCCUACCACUUGCUGGCUAGCUACUGCACUCCACAUCUUCAACCCAACUAAAUCCAUUCGAAAUAAACACAUGUACAGCACGACUCUACAACCGUCCUUCCCCAUUUAUAUCCGCUAAAUACAUACCGACCCUUUAUACAUAAAGGCUUGUUGAAUGUAGGAGAUUGUUCACAAGAAGGGAAAACAAAAUGGAAGAACCAAAAACUAGUGUCAAGCUAAAAAAAGCACUACAAGAUGAUCAAAGGCAGCAGCUGAUUCCAGGCCUUCCAGAUGAGAUUGCCAUGGAGUGCCUGGUGAGAGUGCCUUAUCAAUUCCAUUCCAAUAUGAAGUCAGUUUGCCAUACCUGGCAACGCUUGAUUUCCCAUCCUUCCUUCUAUCAACAAAGGCUCCAAUCUGGCACUGCCGAACAUCUUGUUUGCCUUGUCCAACCUCUACCCCCGAUAAACCACUCCACUACUUCUACUACUACUGAUGAUGAUGAUGAUGAUGAUGAUCCCCUUAUCAGCAGCAGCAGCAAUAAUAAAAUUCUUAAAAACGAAGACAAGCAAGAGGAGCAGCAGCACAUACACAGCCCACCUCAGUAUGCACUGAGCACCUACAAUGCCACGCAUAACAUCUGGCAGAGGACAAGGCCUCCAGAGGGAUCACGAAUUCCCAUGUUCUGCCAAUGUUUAGCCCUUCCAUCCUCUGGCAAGCUACUCCUCUUAGGUGGUUGGGAUCCUACCACCCUGGAGCCAGUCCCUCAUGUAUACAUCCUGGAUCUCAUCGAGACUACUGGAGCUGCCUGCAAAUGGAGACGCGGAGCUUCAAUGUCAGUGCCACGCUCUUUCUUUGCCUGUGGUGUCGUUGGACCCUCUACAGUGUGCGUGGCAGGAGGGCAUGACAGUCAGAAGAAUGCAUUGCGAUCGGCAGAAGUCUAUGACGUGGAGACAGACCAAUGGGAAAUGUUGCCAGAUAUGAUUGAAGAGAGGGAUGAGUGUCAGGGAUUGUCUUGGGAGGGGGAUUCCAAGUUCUGGGUUGUGAGUGGAUAUGGCACAGAAAGCCAGGGGCAAUUCAGGUCUGAUGUUGAGUUUUAUGAUCGCCAUACUGGGUGUUGGUCUAAGAUUGAUGGGGUUUGGCCUUUUUCGACAACUAGCCCUAGAGUAGUCACAACUACAGUUUGUGUCAGCAGGGACAAAUACCAAUGGUCAUGGUUCUUGGGAGGUGAACAACAGUCGCAGCAGCAGCAAAGCAGAGAAGUAGUCAAGGUCAGUGACAACAUUAGAUUGGAAAUAGUCAGUUCAAUUCCACUUCCAAAUUGCAUAACUGGAACAACCCCAUGUGUGACUGCUCUUGAUUAUGUUGGCCAAGAAGGUGGGAACCAUCGAUUGUUUGUAAUGAGUGGCGGUGGUGGCAGGGGAUCCUCAACACUAGCUUGUGGCGAAUGUGAAGGGGAAGGGGCAUUCCUCUCUGAUGGAUAUAGCAAUAACGGCACCAUCAAGUGGAGGCAUAUCCACACUCCCGUGGGAUUUUCUGGUUUUCCAUACUCAGCUUCUUCUCUCGUAAUCUGAGAAUUUAACUUCUGAACAGCUUUUUGCGACUUCAAAUUACUUGUAGUGAUUGAUGAAACAUUUUUCCUUUCAUCAGGGCUACAAAAACCACAUGCAUGCUACUUUCAUACAUCCGUGUGUAGCUUAAUGGAUCUAUAAUAUUGGAUGCUCAACAAUCUCAUUUUCGAUUCA